UAUCUAAAUUACAUCCGAUCUGUCUGUGCAUCUCGUCUCAGCAUCUCAGUUGAAACCAAACAGCUGGAUUGAUAUACAGGAGAGCUACAGUGCAAGAGCAACCAGCAAAGCUGGAGCUCUUCUGGCUAGAUGGAACAGAACAGCCCUGGCAUACGGUUUGCCAAUGAUGCCCAAAAACAUGCUUUUUUUAUGAAAAAAGCCCUUGACAUGGGUGAAGAAGCUCUCGCCAGCGGUGAAACCCCAGUAGGUUGCGUGCUGGUCCAUAAUGACGAAGUUAUCGGGUCUGGUAUGAACGACACGAAUAAAUCUAUGAACGGUACGAGACAUGCAGAAUUCCUAGCCAUUGAAGAAGUGUUGAGAAGUCAUCCACGAAGUAUAUUUCGUGAAACCGACCUCUACGUCACUGUUGAGCCAUGUAUAAUGUGUGCAUCCGCGUUAAGACAAUACCAGAUCCGGCAUGUCUAUUUCGGGUGCGCGAAUGAACGGUUUGGAGGGACUGGAGGGGUUCUCAAGUUGCACUCUGACCCGGGGAUUGAUCCGCCGUAUGGGCUUACAGGAGGGCUUUUCAGGAAAGAAGCAAUCAUGUUGUUACGCCGAUUUUAUAUCCAAGAAAAUGAAAGAGCGCCUAACCCAAAACCAAAAAAGGAUCGGGAACUGAAGGAUGAUGAUUUUGGUGAUGUGGGAGCGGGGAUGGAAUUCGCGGGGAUGUUGCCCCGGCCAUAAGACCUUCCAUAAUGCAGCUUGUGAGCACCGUCUUGCGCCAUUCUUUUUGCGUUUCCUGAAAACGAAUAUGAAAUUUAUGGAACCCUAAUCCGCUGUAAUAUAUACAAUAGUUUUUUUUUUUCAAUCACAAGAGGGAAGAAGAUUGAAAGACGCAGGAACAACAGGAAAUUAAUUUGACUGAGAGCUGUUGGACAAGUUAUCGUUUGAGACAGAACAUUACGAUGUGGAUGCCGUCUUUUGGCGUUCUGCUUCUAGUUCUCGCUCAGCUUGUUGAUAGUACUUCGCAGUAUCCACGCCAUGCUGUUAAUCCGAACAGUUAGCCGGUGUCCAAAUUAAACUACACAAAAUUCCGUAGGAGCCUGGGAAUAGAUACCUGAUCAUGAUUCACAAAAUUGAACCAAGGAAGGACAUGGAUGAAUAGAGAGGAAUAUCGCGAAUUCCGAGCUGCGACUCCUUGCAUAUAAGGUGAGAGCGACGAGACUCCGUACAACGGCUCUCCUUUCUUAACCUUGUCAACCAUCUCACGCAUAUCCAUCUCGACCUCUCGCGAAUUUUCCGUAAAGCCGUAGAAGCGUUCUGUGAUGUGGCAGAACAGAGGAGCGGUUAACUUGGAGAUGCCCGAAGCUGCUAAGAUACCAUUGAAAAGAAAGGCAAACAUACUACAUGAUGUGUUGUAUACAGUGAACAAGCCACCGAAGAAGCCAAUUGCCGUUGCCAAUCGCAUAGCUUUGCCAAAGGUUCCUGGGCUGGCAUUGGCCGGGUGCAUUCGUUCCAUCAGCCAAAAUAGAGCUGGGGACAUUGACCCGACGCCAGCACCAAUGACAUAAUCGGAUGGCCGGGCAUAUCCGAAGACUCGUUUUACAUGACUGCGAUCAAUGUUAGAAGUACUGCUUAUCGAGAAUCGGUAUUGGGGUUGGAGCGAGCGUACGGAUCCGUAUCAAUAACCUAAGGAGCCAGAGCCGGGUUAGCAAAUUGCAGAUAGAGGCGGAGGGGAAACAUGGAAAAAGAAACACAUACGGGAUAGUCAGUUUUGAGAACCCUUGGCGGGACAAUCGGCCUGCCAUGAUCGGUAGCCAUGAUGAAGAUUGAUCUGACUGGAGACACAGCCCUGGUGUAUAUACUGGAUAGCUAAACGUUUGAUGCUCUUCAAUCAACUGUUCCGCA